CUCUCCUGUCCUUUCUCUUCCCCAACCCUUCUUUGCAUACUACAGACGGCCACACGAGCAUCCAUUGCAGUGGAUUGGAAUAAACAAAAAUGGCAGGCUUCAAGCUCCUCCUCUCUCAAUCACGCCGUCUUUCCCUCCCCCAUUUCUCAUCUUCUCCUUUCGUCCCUCUUCAUAGAUCCCUCUCUUCUUCUUCUUCCCAAUCCCCACCCAUUCAACCAGUCUCCUACAACCCCAAGCCCAAAGACCCCCAACACCAACAAACACAAUCCCCUCAAUCCACUCCAGCUUCCCCCGAAGGGCCUCGAUCCAUGUGGAACCGGGAGGACCUACGUUAUGUCAAAGAUGUACCCAAUAUCUCAUCCGUGUCGUAUCCCGCACGCGUGGCCCCUCUACCCGAGGAUCGCCCUGAACGAGACGGGGCAGUGAGGAAUGCAGAAAGCGAGGAGAUGGCGAGUGAGAAUCGAAGAAUUCAGGCGGAAAGUCGAGUUUGGAGGAAACCUUUCAGAAUGGUGGCUGAGGAGGAGAAAGUUCCCUUCCCUUUGCUGAUUAUGCCUGAGAAAAAGAAGGAGAAGCGUCCUGUUCUUGAUUUGAUGGAUGCCAUUAGGGAAGUCAAGGCUAAUGCCAAGGCGAAUUUUGACGAGACCGUUGAAGCUCAUGUGCGGUUGGGUAUCGACCAAAAGCGAUCCGAACUGAUUGUUCGUGGUACAAUGGCACUUCCUCAUGGUGCUAAGAAGGAGGUUAGGGUGGCUGUUUUUGCUGAAGGAACAGAUGCUGAUGAAGCUAGAGCUGCCGGAGCUGAUAUUGUUGGUGGUGUUGAACUUAUCGAGGAAAUUGCAAGCACUGGCAAGGUUGACUUUGACCGAUGUUUCUCAACGCAUAGUUUCAUGAAACGCUUGUAUAAGAUAUCGAAGAUUUUGAAUCAGCAUGGUCUGAUGCCAAACCCCAAACAAGGAACUGUAACCAAAGAUGUGACCAAAGCAGUCAAAGAAGCAAAACAAGGUCAAGUAAAAUUCAGAAUGGACAAAACAUCUAUCGUUCAUGUCGGGAUCGGAAAGGUGAGCUUGUCAGAGGAGUUUUUGCGUGAUAAUGUGGGUGGAUUUAUGAAUUCUCUUUUGCAAGCGAAGCCUGCAGGAUUAAAGAAGACUUCCAAGUAUGCGGGAUAUGUAAACUCCUUCCAUAUAUGCAGCACCAUGGGUCCAGGUUUUCGAGUCUCUAUACAGUCAUUAUCCAGAGCAGCAGAUCACUACAGCAAAGUAUACCUUAACGCCUAGGUCAUUUAUCCCAUACUGGCAGAACAUUACACUGUAAGUGUAUUUUAUUUGUCCGAGUGGAUGGUUCCAUGGCAACUCGAGUGCAUCCACUGAAGCUUCUCUUCAGGAUUUUAAGUUUUUGUCUACUGCCAACAUGAUAUGAUAAUCUGGCUAGACUAUUGUCUCUUGGAUUUCUUGUGUAAUAUGCUGCUGAUAUUUAAAGCAACAUUGGAUUGGUCCCAUCUGGUUUAGACGAAGGCAAGUGCCUUCUUAGUUUUCUUUUC